AUGGCGUACAUGUUCUUAAAGAAGGAGAUCAUCUGCACCCUCUGCUCCGACAUUUACAAAAAGCCUGUGAUGCUGCACUGUGGACACAACUUCUGCAGCCGCUGCAUUAAGAUCCACAUCAGUAAGCAGGACUCGCACGUGUUAUACCCCUGCCCGGAGUGCAAGAACAUAUUUAAAACCAAGGCCCCGCUGACCAUCAACACAAAGCUGCAGAGCAUCGCGCAGAACUGGAGGUCAGUUGAGAAUCGCCAUAGCCUUGGUGACGUCAUGUGUACCUACUGCCUGGAUUACCCGAGCCCUGCCGUGAAAGUCUGCCUUCACUGUGAAUCUUCUUUGUGUGACAAACACCUGGAGGUCCACAGCAGAAGCCAGGAGCACCCACUGGUGGACAUCACAGCUUCCUCGCAGACCAUAGUUUGCAGUUUCCAUGGCGAAAUGCUAAAGUUUUUCUGCACAGAUGACAAGUGUCUCAUUUGCAUGUCGUGCUUCCUAACCGGCAGUCACCAAGGUCACCCGGUGCAGCUGCUGUCGGUCGCCUCCCGUCAUAAAAGGGAGGAGCUUCAGAAGCUUGCGGAGCACAUGUACACCGAGCUCGACGCCCUAAAGAGAAGAGAAAACCACCUGCAGGAGAUCCUGAACGAGAACACAGAAAAGGUGGAAGCUGGGAAAAAUGAGGUCCAACAAAUAUGUUAUGCCCUCCUUAACUAUCUGGAAGAUGUGAUGAGAAAAAUCACGGCUGAGAUUAAACACAAGAAAAUGGAAAUCUCAAGGGAAAUAUCACAUAAAUUGUCUUCUCUGCGGGAGAAGGAAAAGGACUUGUCCAAGAAGAUACAAAAGGUUGAGCAAAUGUGUAACGAGGACGAUCCCGUGCUCGUCCUGCAGGACAAAACCUUUGAAAAGUCCGAGCUGGAGAUGAAGCACCAGGGCGGACAGCUCCUCACAAAUGCAGAUUUCGACCUCCCGCUCAUUUCCUUGAAAUUAACGAAGAGCCUUAUUAACUUUACAAAAUUUGCGAAGACCCUUUGGUCCACACAUUGUUUCCACCUGAAACACAAAGCCAAAAUCCUGCUGAAUAACUCCACAGCCAGCGACUACCUCCGGGUGCAACCCGACCGCAAAUCUGUUAUCUACAACUCGCUUAAAAGCAAAGAGCGGCCAACGCUGGGACAGUUCAGCACCCGUUACAUCGUCAGCGCGUCAGGCACACCUCUCAGAAAAUGCAAAGUAGAGCCACCAAAUCCUGGACAAUUCAAAACCAGUCUUGUCCUCAGCGAGUCAGCCUUCUCUUCUGGAAAACACUAUUGGCAAGUGUUAAGCUCCAAGAGCGGCGUGAAGAGCAUCGGCGUGGCGUAUAACUCCAUCAAGAAGGACGGCCCAGAAGCGUUUAUAGGCUACAACAAGAAGUCGUGGUGCCUGACCUGGAGCCACAGAUACAUAGAGGUCUGUCACGACUCCAGGUGCUUGCAGAUCCCUUCUGUAGGAUCCACCAUGUGCUCAGUGGGGGUGUAUUUGGAUUAUGAUGUCGGGCGGCUCUCCUUCUACAGGAUCUCCCCAAUUCAGCACCUCUACACCUUCACCAGUAAUUUCACCGAGCCUCUCCAUGCUGCGUUUUACGUAGUCAACACCUGGCUGAAGAUCAUAUGUUAA